AGUGCAGAAAAAACUCGCAUCGCGACAUUCUCACAGAAAAUUGGCGGAGCAAAACGUUUAAGAAUAUUUCUAUUUAUCUGCGGCACAACUAGUUCAUUGGACCUAAAAUUUAUUCAGAAUGGCAGACGAUCUUCAAAACUACAAACUGCAACUGCAACAGGUCGAAGCAGCACUCCUCACGGAUCCAGAGAAUGCCGAACUCCUGAAGCUGAAACAGGACCUGGAAGAGGUUAUUGAUCUGACCAAAGAUUUGAUCCGAGCCCAACACGAAGCCGAGCAAAAAAAGAGCGCCUAUGUUGAACCCGCCAACACUCGGUACUUUGAAGGCGGACAUUCGGCGGCCGAGAAGAAACAAGCAAAACCUACCGUGAUCUGGAAGGUCGGCGACAAGUGCUCCGCCAAAUGGAUCGAAGAUGGACAGUACUAUGAUGCCACAAUUGAAUCAAUUACAGACGGCGGAGAGGUCAAUGUUGUGUUCGACGCGUACCAGAAUCGAAGCACCACGACCCUCUCCGAGUUGAAGGAACAGAAAGUGCGGAACGAAGUGUUUCCAUCGAAUAGCAAUAAACGCAUGCGACCCAAUCAGAAGGAAUACCUGAAAAAGAAGAAGCAAAAGAAGCAGCAGCGGUUCAAGGAGCUGGAGGAAGAACGGGAAACCGAAAAGAACAAGUGGCUUCAGUUUUCUGCCAAAAGCACCAAGAAGGCGGGCAGCAAAUGCAAGAGCAUAUUCGCAUCACCCGAGAAUGUUAACGGGCGGGUGGGAAUCGGUACGUGCGGUGUAUCCGGUAAACCGAUGACCGAGUUUACCCACGGCGAAAAGUACCGGAAGGGUGUGUAAGUGGCGCGCGCCGUGGCCCAGCUACAGGGACAUUUCGAAGGUAAAUGCAAUUAUUCUUAAUCGGCAUGGGCUGAUGAAGCUGUCGAUACAACACUUCUAGGAACAUAAACUCUAUCCUGUAGUUUGUUUACCUAUUCUAGGAGUGCAUCAUUCAUAUUUCUCACAAUGAUACAAAUAAAUAUAACCAGAAGUAAGGAAUUCGUACCGU